GGCGAAGACACUGUGCCCGCCCGCGGGACACGCACGUACUAGAAUCGAGCGCCUCCUUUCCCAUAGCGUCGUAGAAAGUUUGUUGACAGCGUUGCAGAGGAAAGAUGGCGGCGCUCACAGCAGCAGAGCAAACGAUGAACAAGCUGACAGACCACUUCUCAGACCCCGUUUACUCGAAAAGCCAAGAUGGCGAAUCUUUUUCAGCAGGUUCGGGGAAACUUGAGGACUUUGUGGUGGACUUCCUGGAGAAAGAAGUGGGCAGCGACCUGAAGUCCCUGAAGAAUGUUGGCAACCUGCUGAAAAAGCUCAGAGAGGAGAACAGCGUUCUGGAGGAACAGGUUCUGACUGUAUCCAGCUCCGUGCCUCCGAAAGUUUCUGCAGCCCUGUCUGCAGCGGAGGAGGCUCGAAGUUCUCUGGACGACCUGCAGCAGAGGGAGCGCCUCAUCUCCAACAGGCUGCACCAGCACCUGCAGGGGGCCCAGCCUUGGAUGGACAGUCUUGGCCAGACGCUUAACCAAGUCGACACCAUAGAGAGACACAUGAAAUACCUGCGCUGCCUUCAACAUAUAGAGGAACUCAGUGCUGCAGUCCAACAGUGUCUGAUGACUAGCAGUGUCUGGGAGGCCAUAAGGGCGGUAGACAGCAUGGCUGCGCUGGACGCUGGACUACAACAGUCCGGAUGUUCUCACCUCCAAGACUUCCUCCGAGAAACACUUCACUUCUGGCACAAGAUUAUCAAAGACCGACUGGCCAGUGAUUUUGAGAAAGUAUUGACUCAGCUUCACUGGCCGAUCAUCUCCCCUCCUACUCAGUCACUGACUCCCACUGCCAAUUGUCAGGAGAUUAGCAGUCAGCUGGAGCUGCUGGUCACACAGCUACUCGCCCUGCAGACCAGUGAUGACCUCAUAUCUCAGAGGGCUCCGGCCUCUGGUCCGGGUGGACCCUCGACGCAGCCGGUGUCUUCAGCCACACCUCCGUCCCAAGCUCCUCCCCUCUGUCUGCCCAUCCAGAUCAUGCUGCUGCCGCUCAGCAAGAGGUUCAGAUACCACUUCUUCGGGAAUCGACAGACCAACUCCCUCAGCAAGCCUGAGUGGUACCUCACACAGGUUCUGAUGUGGAUGGGGAACAGCACGACCUUCAUGGAGGAAAAGAUCCAGCCUAUCCUGGACCGAGCUGGAGCCGCCAUCAGUGCCAGGGUGGAGCUGUGUCGAGGCCUGUUGUCUCUGGUCCAGGAGAAAGUGGCCAGCGAUGCUUCCAGGCUGCUGUAUGAUGAUGUGCUCUUCUGUCACUUGGUGGAGGAGGUGCUGCAGUUUGAGAAGGAGCUGCGAAGCAACCAGUCCUACCCAACGGGGCUGCCUGGUCUGCUUCACCUCCUGCUUGACGACGCAGUCCUUCAGAAGUGGCUUACUGUGGAGAGGAAGAUGGCAGUGGAGAAGAUGGACGCCAUGCUGUCGGCUGAGGGAGCUUGGAGCUCUCAGUACAAAGAUAUCAGUGACAUGGAUGAGCUGAAGGCUCCAGAUUGUGCUGAGACUUUCAUGACUCUGCUACAGGUCAUCACAGAGCGGUACCGGGCUUUACCCUGUCCUUCUGCGCAACUGAAGUUUCUGGGCCUACAGAGAGAACUGGUGGAUGAUUUCCGUAUUCGACUCACUCAGGUGAUGAAGGAGGAGUCUCGGUGCCCACUCGGUGCCCGUUAUUGUGCCAUCCUUAAUGCUGUCAACUACAUUUCCACCAUCCUGGGAGACUGGGGGGACAAUGUGUUUUUCCUACAGCUGCAGCAGGCUGCGGUUUCACUCGGCGAGGAGACGGUACUGGGAGACCUCGGGGUGAUGGAGGUGGGUCGCCUGGCUUCUCUGGAGGGCUCUCUGUUCGAAGGUCUGCUGGCAUUGCUGGAUCGACUGAAAGGAGACAUGAUGGGAAGACUGCUGGAAUGGACCAUGAGAGAAAUCACGGAAAAAGCCAGACCGUAUUGCCAAGACAGGUGGUUGUCUCUUCCAUCCCAGCAUGACCAGUCCACCAUGUCCCUGUCCAGUUCAGCAUGUCCCAUGAUGCUCUGUGUGAGGGACAGAUUGUUGAACCUUCAUCAGGUCCUGAGUCUUUCUCUGUUCCAGUUAGCCUGGCAGGGUUUGGCUGAGAGACUUGACAACUUUCUCUACCAAGAUGUGAUCCUGUCUAACCAUUUCAGUGAUGGCGGAGCAGCUCAGCUUCAGUUUGACAUGACCAGAAACCUGUUUCCUCUGUUUGGUCACUACUGCAAAAGACCUGAGAACUUCUUCAAACAUGUUAAGGAGGCCUGCAUCAUCUUGUGUCUGAAUGUGGGCUCAGCUAUUCUGCUAAGGGAUCUCCUUAAAGAUUCAGAAGAGCAGACAAAGGACUGGGCAGGCGCAGGGGAUCCUACACCCGAGUCUGCACUAAACGAGCUGGGGGUUUUCUGCUUGGCAUCCUGUGAUGUGUUGAUUCUCCUCAGGCUCAGAGCCUCCUUACCUGGACAGUGACAUUUCCCUCUGGCAGUAUGUGUUGGAGUGUGGAGUGUGUAUCAGACUGAGUGCUUGUCAAAAAUUUCUUAUGCCAUUUUUAGCAGUGGCUUUAAUCUUCUUUGUAAACAAGACAGAUAAUAUGUCUGUGUAUGUGUAAGGGCUGUCCAGAUAGUGUUUACUAAGUUAAUGCUAUUGAAUUGCCAUUGUAUGAAAUGAUUGUGUUGCACUAUUUACCUGUCACCUCAGCUGACUAAAGUAUGCCACAACAAAGUAUAGAGAACAGUCCUUCAUCUGAUGGAUUAUGUAAUAAACCCAUCUGAUCUGCUAUGCUCUCAUCCUCAGUUAACUUAUAAUGCUUUUUCAAAGUGAUAGCCUAUUCUU